AUGGCCCUCAAUCGCACCUUUACACUCAACACUGGCGCCAAAAUCCCCGCUGUCGGCUUCGGCACGUGGCAGGCUGCGCCGCACGAGGUGGAGAAGGCAGUUGAGAUCGCCCUGAAGGCCGGCUACAGGCACCUGGACUGUGCAGCAAUCUACAGAAACGAGACAGAGGUCGGAUUGGGCAUCCAGAAGAGUGGCGUCGACCGCAAAGACAUCUUCAUUACGACCAAGCUGUGGAACAGCAAACACGAUCCCAAGGAUGUCGAACCGGCACUCGACAAGUCGUUGAAGGACCUCGGGGUGGACUACGUCGACUUGUACCUCAUGCAUUGGCCCGUGGCCUUUGCCUCUGGAGACCGAUGGUUCCCCCUCGACGAGCAGGGUGUGUUCCGGCUAUCAGACGUGCCUUUUACCGAGACGUGGAAGGCCAUGGAGGCACUGUUGAAGACGGGCAAGACCCGGGCGAUCGGCGUCUCAAACUUCAACAUCCGUCGUCUCAAGGAGCUCCUCGCCACCUGCGACGUGGUGCCCGCGGUCAACCAGGUCGAGGCACAUCCAUAUCUGCAACAACCCGAGCUGCUCGCCUUCUGCAAUGAGAAGGGCAUCGUGCUCCAAGCCUACAGUCCUCUCGGGAACAACACAACCGGUGAGCCAAAGACGGUGGACGAUCCGGAAGUCCACGCCAUCGCCAAAUCCCUGGGUAUGGACCCAGGCCAAGUCCUCGUGAGCUGGGGCAUCCAACGCGGCACGGUCGUGCUCCCGAAGAGUGUUACCGAGAAACGCAUCCGUGACAACUUCCAAGAUGCUAUCCUCCCCGACGACGUCAUGGAGAAGUUGAACGCGCUGGAGAGGAACAAACGGUUUAAUUUCCCCGCCAGAUGGGGAUACGACAUCUUUGACGAGCUCGGUGAUGAGCAGGUUGCCAAAAUCGCAAAGGAAUCCGGGCCCGAGAAUCUGCAGAAGUUCACUGUCUGA